UACACGUGCGGCCUUCCGCUCUGGGCUGACUGUGAAGGGUGAUCGAAGAGAUGCCGGUCGCCGAUAAUGGCCAGGUGGUUGUGAGAGUGAGUGAAUGCUCGGAGAGACAAUCAGUCACCUCAGCCUGGUGUCAUCAGGAAAGUUACAAUGGAGGGGACAAAACAGUCGAGGGUCUCUCGUCCUCACAAGAUCAGUGAAUCAUCAAAGGUGUACAGAUGGGCGGAUCAUUCUAGUGUCAUCCUUCAGGGGCUAAAUGAGCAGAGACAGAAGGGACUGUUCUGUGAUAUCGUGCUUGUGGCAGAUGAACAGAGAGUGUCUGCCCAUAGGAAUCUAUUGGCUGUUUACAGUGACUAUUUCAAUUCUAUGUUUACAAUUGGAAUGAGGGAAGCUUAUCAAGAAGAAGUUGAGUUGGUUGGAGCCUCUUACAUCGGUCUAAAAGCUGUGAUUGACUUUCUCUAUAGCAGUGAACUCCCUUUAGAUGGUGGAAACAUUGACUAUGUGCUGGAAACUGCUCAUCUUUUACAAAUUUGGAAAGUCGUGGAUUUUUGUUGUGAGUACCUCGAGAGUGAAGUUAGUGAAGAAAACUACCUUUAUCUUCAAGAACUGGCUUCAAUUUAUGACCUAGAGCGACUGGACUGUUACAUCGAUAGUUUUAUUCUGCAUGGUUUUGGUACACUUUCCUUCACUCCAGAAUUUUUGCAGAACAUAUCUGUGCAAAAGCUUUGUCUUUAUUUGGAGAGCAACAAUGUGCAACAUGAAUGUGAGCAUGACUUGCUACAGGCUGCGCUGCAGUGGUUAACACAGAGUCCUGACAGAGUGCAAGAUGCUCGCCUUGUCCUCAGAAACAUCCAUUUCCCACUUAUACCCAAAAGUGAUCUAUUGCAACGAGUUAAACCAGCAGUGUGCUCCCUACUUCCCAAAGAAGCAAAUUGUGACGUGUUCUUGGAAGAAGCAAUAUAUUAUCACAAUAACAUUACAAAACAACCAGUACUUCAGAACAAGCGUUCUUUCCUUCGCUCAGAUAUUGAAAGACUAUUGUUUAUUGGUGGGGAAGUGUCAGAACGUGGAGAAGAGCUAAGUGAUGAUAUGUGCUUUUUUGAUGCGACAAAAGGGCAAUGGUUUUCUGAAACAAUGCUGCCUGCAAGACGGAGUCAUCACUGUGUGACUGUCUUUGGAGGAUUUAUCUUUAUGGCGGGUGGAAGCUCAUCCCGUGAUAAUGGAGGUGAUGCAGCUUCAAAUGUCCUUUAUAGAUAUGAUCCUAGAUGCAAUCAAUGGUUCAAGGUUGCUCCCAUGAAUCAGAGACGAGUGGAUUUUUACUUAGAUGCUUUUGCAGACUUUCUGAUAGCCGUUGGAGGAAGGAAUGAAAAUGGUGCUCUAUCCUCUGUUGAAAUCUACGACCCCAAUAAUGAUUCUUGGUCCUAUGUCGCUGGCCUACCAAGGUUUACAUAUGGCCAUGCUGGUUCAAUAUAUAAAGAAUUAGUGUAUAUCUCAGGAGGUCAUGAUUACCAAAUUGGACCCUACAGAAAGAAUCUUCUUUGCUAUGACUAUCGAACUGAUGUUUGGGAAGAAAAAAGACCAAUGAUAACAGCUCGAGGAUGGCAUUGCAUGUGCACACUGCAGGAUCAUAUCUAUGCUAUAGGUGGCAGUGAUGAUCACAUUGAGUCUAUGGAGAGAUUUGAUAUUUUAAGUGUGGAAUGUUACAGCCCACAGUAUAAUCAAUGGACCCGAGUUGCCCCUCUCCUCCAGGCCAACAGUGAGUCAGGAGUGGCAGUUCUGAAUGGAAAAAUUUAUAUUCUCGGUGGCUACAGCUGGGAGAAUACAGUGUUUUCAAAAGCUGUGCAGAUAUAUAACAGGGUUGAGAAUAAGUGGCACCGUGGCCCAGACCUCCCAAAAUUAAUUGCAGGAGUGUCAGCAUGUAGUUGUGUGCUUAAACCUCGGUCUCCAGAGAAGAAACUAAAGACUAAACACUAGGACUGUUGUAGAUCGUAACCAGUUCAAAAAGGCACAACCUCAGGAUGUCUGUUAGUUUGAUUUGAAUUCAUCGGGAUGUAGAAAAAGCACCAAGCAAUCCCAACUACCGUUGUUUCUGCCAUUUGGCAGUAUCGUUGAAAAGAGCCACCUGUUCUAUUUAUUCACAGUUAUUGCUAUAUAUAUUGCUGUGUUAAUGUAUAAUACGUUGCUUUCUAUGACAUAUAGAAACUGAAAUUACUGUGCAAGGGAUCCUGAAAUGUGAAUAUUAGUUUUUUUUAAUAUAUUAAGAACAAUACCUUGACGAGGUUGGGGUUAGAUUGAGAAGCGCUUUCUCCAUUCAACCAGAGUAAGCUUUCUAACAUGACUUCUAAGUCUAUUGGGGACAGAAUUCAUUUAAAAAGCCACAUCCAAUCUUAAGUUAUUUCUGUAUGUGCAUGAAUGAGUGACAUGCAUGUUUGGGCUUCCAAGCAAUCUGGUGUAAUUUUUAUGUAUCUAACGUCUACCAGGCUCAAUGUGACUAAAGUUGUGUGUUUGCUAAGAUAUGUGAUAUUUUGUUGCAAUGGCCAAACUGGGUGUGUAAGAUAAGCAGUGUUAAGGUAAAUGCCUGAAUCAGUUGAAAGGGUGGUGUUACAAGCAUAAUAUAAUAUGACACUGACAGUCUCAGUCUCAUAUCUAGCAAUCAAGUGUGUGUUAUUUCUAACGUAGCAAUUGGCUAUUUUAUACAUCAGUAAGUUCAAAAACAAAUAGAAGAAGUCAACACAAUCACCAAUUAAGAGAAGUUUUAACAGUAAUGAAGUAGCUUUGAGUAUUCUCCAUUUUUUAAAAAUCAUAUUUUGUUUUCUGCUCACGUCUCCACCAGUGUUGUGUUUCGAUGGAAGCUGCAGAAACUCAAAUGCUUUCCUGCCAUAGUUAAAAUCAGAAACAUUCCUGUGUAGGAUGAAGUUCCAUCACUGAAGUAUGAAUGUUCUGCAGAUUAUGUUGUACUUUUUAAAAUGUCCUUUACUAUCAGAAUCAAAAUCUAUUAUUUUGAAAAUAAUGAUCAAUUGUAUUUUCUUCUCAUGCGAAAUUGUAAAAUAGUUAAGAAAUGGUCAGCAUUUUCUGCACAUCUGACAAUUCUAACUGUUCAAGCACAAAAAUCUGAAAUCUAAAUAUAAGAUUGCAUCUUUUGUCUUUUAAAAUAUAAAGCACAUAUGUUUCCAUGUUUUUGUAACAAACAGCUGAACAUUAUGAAAUGUAGCAAUAACAUACCUGUAAGGCUUUUAGAUUUCUAAAAAUUUUUAGACUUUUAACAAUAUGCUUGGACAACUCAGCAUGUUUUUGAAAGCACAAGUCCUGCCGUAUCCCUUUCAGUGUACCUUUUUAACAAUAUGCAUUCAAAAUUUCAAAGGUCUUGCUCUUUCUAUUCCUCCCUGCGUGCACAAACAAUUCAAAGGAAUAAUUGCAACAUAUUUGGACUAUUAGUAAUGGAAAUAGACUUCUAUAUGUCACCAUAUUUACUUAUUUUACCAUAAGGCAUUAGAAAUGUACUGACAUUGGGUUUUUAUGGAAGGCAGCUUUUUCUUUAUAUUAAAUUACUUUUAAAAAGCAUAGCUGACGACUCAUUGAGCUUGUAGCUGAUUCACUGUACGAGAGCUAUUUGAAUGUGUAGGACUGAGGGCUGAAUUUGCAAAGGCUCUUCAGUACGUGUGAGAUUUUUAGUGCUGUGCAUUGCUUAUCUUAUUUGCCUUUUAUGCCUCUUUUGUAGGAAUAUGCAAACUGACAAGGCUGUGUGCCUGCCUUUUGGGUACAAUUCUUCACAUUUCUUUGCUAAUUUGUAUAUUUUUAUAAAGGGUACCAAGAAGACAGCUUUGCACGUUUGAUUUUGUUUUAAAGAAGCACUUUCCACAGCAGAAGUUUAAUGUGGCAAAAACAAAAUAUGCGUAGCUGUAAACACCAGUAAUGGUCCCAGAUGGAAUAGUUGACAGGAUGAAUUAUUUCUCAAAGUAACUAUGGAACUGGUAUUUAAAAUGCUGGAAACUCGCAUCUGACAGCAUCUGUGGAGGGGUUUUAAAAAAAAUACAGUUCAUGUUUCAAGGUUGAUGACCUAUCAUCAGAACAGAGGUGUGGAGGUCAGGCAGAGAGUUAACUUCAGAGAAGUUACAAGAAAUGCUGAAAGUGCACUUUGCAAAGAACAAAGGAAGAAAGAGCUGCAGGAUAAAUAAACGUAGAAAUGUAUCAAAAUAUUUUUUGUGGGAAGCUGGAUUGUAGGUUUUUAUGGUCAAAAGUUUACUCUUUCCUGAAAUUGUAACUACAUUUUCAGAAACUUCACUUAUUUGCUACGAGUUGUUGGAUGAAUCCUGUUCAUCGCUGUUGCCUGGUUCUGCAAGUGUAACAAAUAUUUUCAGUCAAUUGCAAGCACUCCUGUUGCUGACUGCAGGUCUUGGCUGCUUAACUACAGCCAAUUAGGUGAAGUUGGCAACAAGUAUGUGGACAAAGGGAUAACAGUGUGGAGCUGGAGGAACACAGCAGGCUAGGCAGCAUCAGAGGAGCAGGUAAGCUGACCUUUUGCA